ACACUAAUUCACACUUACUGGCAAACAACUGCACUAGUCUGAAAAAAGCACAGCCCUUAAAUCUCAUUUUCCUUUUUUCUCCCAUUUUUUCCCAGAAAGAAAAUAAAGAAACCUCUCAGACAAAGGAAAAGGAAGACAUAAACCAGCUGGGUUACCUUGUCUUUCUCUCCGUCACCAAAAGAAGCAUAUAAUAAAGUGGCAGAGAAACAAAGAAAGAAUAAUAUCAGCAAAAAGGCCAUUGCUCUGGUGGUGAGCUGAAAGCUCAAAUUUGCUAGGUUUUUGUGUAUGGGGUUGAGGCUUGUAAUGUGGAAUGUGCUAGUGCUCCUGGUGGUGUUGUGUUCAUGGGUUGGUUCUGCAAAAGCCUCUGUGUCUUAUGACUCUAAGGCUAUUGUCAUUAAUGGGCAGAGGAGGAUCCUCAUUUCUGGAUCUAUUCACUACCCAAGAAGCACCCCUGAGAUGUGGCCAGAUCUUAUUCAGAAAGCCAAGGAAGGAGGUUUGGAUGUGAUUCAGACUUAUGUUUUCUGGAAUGGGCAUGAACCUUCACCUGGCAAAUAUUAUUUUGAAGACAACUAUGAUCUGGUCAAGUUUAUCAAGCUGAUUCAGCAGGCAGGCUUGUAUGUUCAUCUCAGGAUUGGUCCUUAUGUUUGUGCUGAAUGGAACUUCGGGGGAUUUCCUGUAUGGCUCAAGUACAUUCCUGGUAUCCAAUUCAGAACAGAUAAUGGGCCUUUUAAGGCUCAAAUGCAAAGGUUCACAACAAAGAUUGUAAAUAUGAUGAAAGCAGAAAGGUUGUUUCAGUCUCAAGGUGGUCCAAUAAUUCUAUCCCAGAUUGAAAAUGAGUAUGGACCCAUGGAGUAUGAACUUGGUGCACCGGGUAAAGUCUACACUGACUGGGCAGCUCAUAUGGCUUUGGGACUAGGCACUGGUGUCCCCUGGGUCAUGUGCAAACAAGAUGAUGCCCCUGAUCCUAUUAUUAACGCAUGCAAUGGGUUCUACUGUGACUACUUCUCUCCAAACAAGGCCUACAAACCAAAGAUGUGGACUGAAGCCUGGACUGGAUGGUAUACUGAGUUUGGGGGUGCAGUUCCUUCCCGACCAGCUGAGGAUUUAGCCUUUUCAGUUGCGAGGUUUAUACAGAAAGGUGGAUCAUUCAUUAAUUAUUAUAUGUACCACGGAGGAACAAAUUUUGGCCGAACAGCUGGUGGCCCUUUCAUUGCUACUAGUUAUGAUUACGAUGCUCCCCUUGAUGAAUAUGGAUUAUUAAGGCAACCUAAAUGGGGCCAUCUGAAAGAUCUGCAUAGAGCAAUAAAACUAUGUGAACCAGCUCUAGUUUCUGCAGAUCCCACUGUUACACCACUUGGGACUUACCAAGAGGCUCAUGUAUUCAAAUCGAAGUCUGGAGCAUGUGCUGCAUUUCUUGCAAAUUACAAUCCAAGAUCAUUUGCAAAGGUGGCAUUUGGGAACAUGCAUUACAACCUGCCUCCAUGGUCUAUUAGCAUUCUUCCUGACUGCAAGAACACAGUUUAUAACACUGCAAGGGUUGGUGCUCAAAGUGCACAGAUGAAGAUGCCCCGUGUUCCUCUGCAUGGAGCAUUCUCUUGGCAGGCUUACAAUGACGAGACUGCCACUUAUGCUGACACUUCAUUUACCACAGCCGGGUUGUUGGAGCAGAUAAAUACCACUAGAGAUUCCUCUGAUUAUCUGUGGUACCUAACAGAUGUUAAGAUUGAUCCCAAUGAGGAAUUUUUGAGAAGCGGAAAGUAUCCUGUACUGACGAUCUUAUCAGCUGGUCAUGCUUUGCGUGUUUUCAUCAAUGGUCAACUUGCAGGAACUUCAUACGGAAGUUUAGAAUUUCCAAAACUUACAUUUAGUCAAGGUGUGAAUUUGAGAGCUGGUAUCAACCAGAUUGCGCUUCUAAGCAUUGCUGUUGGCCUCCCGAAUGUUGGUCCACAUUUUGAGACUUGGAAUGCUGGUGUUCUUGGCCCCGUCAUACUAAAUGGUCUUAAUGAGGGAAGGAGGGACUUGUCAUGGCAGAAAUGGUCUUAUAAGGUUGGGCUUAAAGGAGAAGCCUUGAGUCUUCAUUCACUCAGUGGGAGUUCCUCAGUUGAGUGGAUUCAGGGGUCUUUAGUCACAAGAAGGCAGCCUCUGACAUGGUACAAAACAACUUUCAAUGCACCAGCUGGAAAUUCACCAUUGGCUCUAGAUAUGGGCAGCAUGGGAAAAGGUCAAGUAUGGGUAAAUGGCAGGAGUAUUGGACGCUACUGGCCUGCUUAUAAAGCAUCUGGUAGUUGUGGUGCCUGUAACUAUGCUGGGACAUUUCAUGAGAAGAAAUGCUUAAGUAACUGUGGGGAGGCUUCCCAGAGAUGGUAUCAUGUUCCUCGCACAUGGCUAAAUCCAACAGGCAAUUUGUUGGUUGUUUUAGAAGAGUGGGGUGGAGAUCCAAAUGGGAUAUUUUUGGUCAGAAGGGAAAUAGAUAGCAUAUGUGCUGAUAUUUAUGAGUGGCAACCAAAUCUUAUGAGUUGGCAAAUGCAAGCCUCAGGCAAGGUCAAAAAACCUGUGAGGCCUAAAGCCCAUUUGUCAUGUGGCUAUGGGCAGAAAAUAUCAUCAAUAAAGUUUGCUAGCUUUGGAACGCCAGAAGGGGUUUGUGGAAGCUUCCGUGAGGGAAGCUGUCAUGCGCACAAUUCAUAUGAUGCUUUUCAAAGGAGUUGUAUUGGGCAGAACUCAUGCUCAGUAACUGUAGCACCUGAGAAUUUCGGAGGUGAUCCAUGUCCAAAUGUCAUGAAGAAACUCUCUGUGGAGGCCAUUUGCAGCUAGUGAUUCUCAGUCUCUCAAGCAAACGAAUGAAGGUCAUAUAUUGAUUUCUUUACACACCAAUACAGCAAUCAGUUAAUUAUCCUGGGGUAUGUUUAGUACACACAAGGUCAGUGCAAUCAUUUGGUCCAUUCAAUUUUGGCUCUUCCAGGGUGAAGUUGUACAAAUAUACAACACACCACAUGGUUGAAAGCCUACAGAGUUUGAGAUGUUUGUGUAGAAGCUGUAUGUAUAUACUAUCCUCUGUUUUCAUCGGUGUGCCCUGCAUGCUACAAAAAUGGCGGAAUCAAUGUGGGGAUCGAAAGCACAUCGAGAUGAUACUAAUUGAGUCCAUGUGCAAAUGUUGUAGUUAGUAUGGAAGCAUCUGGCUUCCAAGUAAUUGAAAUAUUUCAAUUGUUAUGUAUUUGAGAAAGCAAUAGUUCCAUUGCUUUGUUCUUGUAAGAAAGUUUCCAAUGGUAAUAAUAGAAAGUUCAAUUGCUUUGUUCUUGUGAAA